CAUCGCCAUUACAUUUGCAUCCAAGCAAUUGUUUGUUUGAUAAUAUUGUGCAAAUUUAACCUUUUGUGUACGGUCAAUUAAUAUGUGUGAUUAAUUGUGCGAAUUUUGUUGGGGAUUAGAGUAAAACAAAGUUUCUUUAAGUUGCUUUAUUUAUUUUUAAAUCAUAAAACAAACAAGUAAUGCCUAACUCUUGAAAACACUUUAAUUUUUGCCUUUUCUAAGAUGAUACUUUGGAUAUCCUUGUCUUCGAACAAUCAACAUGGGUAAUGUACAUCAAGAAUUAAUUCAAUUAAAAUGUAUUUUCAUAUGUAACUGUGUGGGGUGAAUGGAUCUCAAAGUUAAUGGACUGUUCUCAUGAUUUUACUGUGAUAUGCCUCUAAAAAAAGGAAGUUAUGGAAAGUGAAAAUGAAAAUACGAAAUCUGAAACUUGUUUAUCAUUGCCCGGAAUAGUAGUUAAAACAGAACAUGAUGUUAUAACGGAAUCAAAUAUUUAUCAAAUACAGAACAAUACAGAACCAAAGGCAAGAUCACUUGCAAAAGAUAGUUAUUUUUCAUCUUAUCUUAACUUAUUUCCAAUUUCGAGUGCAACGAAAAUUAAAAAAUGGGGAAACAGUACCCGAUUUAAAAAUGAAUCUCAAGAAAAACGUGCUGCACGUUUAGCGAGAAUGUCGGCGCGGGCUGCUGAGAGGAUCGCAGCUGAGAGUCCAGAACAACGCCAAGAACGACUGGCGAAAAUAUCAGAGUACAGCGCAAAAAGGCUAGCCAAUGAAAGCCUUGCAGAACGAUCGUUAAGACUUAAAAAAAUGUCAGUAUAUACAGCAAGCAGAAUAGCACAAGAAAGUGACAAACAAAGGACUGAGCGCUUGAGUCGUAUGGCAGAAUACAGUGCCAAAAGGAUUGCUAAUGAAACAAAAGAACAAAGGCAGGCACGAUUGCUUAAGAUGUCUGCUUAUUCUGCUAGGAGACGGGCACUGAAGAAAGCUGCAGAGUGUAGUCAAAUAAAUGUAAUAGGGCAUUUAUAAAUCAGAGUAAGGACUGAAUAUGUUUAUCUUACUUGGCAACAUUAAUCUUUUGUUAAGUUACCAAGUAACCAACUUAACUAGUAAUGCAAACCCAAAAGUAUUAUAAAAGUUUACAGAAAAAAGCAAAUGGUAUACAUUGUCAUUAAUUACUUAAGUGAUAAAUUUUUUACUUAAAUUAUUGUUUCAUAAAUAGUAAAUUUUAAUGGAUUUUACUUAUAUGUAGGUUUUUGCACCAAAUUGAAAAUCUGUAAUAUCUGCCUACCCUUAUGUGUAAAAGUGCAAGUGCAUGUUUAUAUAUUAAAUUAUUUGCAUUUAAAUUGUAUUUACUUUGAGACUGAUAUCUAUUUAACCUAGGAUAUUUUAAAAUCUUAAUAUUUAAAGAUUCUACCAUUUUUUUUUUUAUUUUU